AUGAACCCCCGUACCAGCGGCAUCGCCUACGGCCAGUCGCAGCAGACGGACGCCCAGCCCGAUGUGUAUACGCCUACGCACAGGCGCAAGCAAUCGACGUGCUCCAUGGCGUCUGACCAGGACAGUCUGUACGGCGAGACAACGCCCGAGCAAGACGCUAUCAUGCCUGCAGGCUUGUCGAGCCCCGACCGCCGGGAAAGCCAGACGUCAAUUGGUGCCAUGAUUGCCGAGACUUCACAGCAGAAGCCCCAGCAGCACAUGCGCAGCGUGUCGAUUCCGUCCAUGACGAGCUCCGUGUCAUCGGCUCUGUCAACACUCUACAGCGAGGAGGAAGACGACGAGACACAGACAGGCGAGAAGAUCCCUUGGGCGCACCCUGUUGAUCCCAACCAACAACGUGGCAGCUUCAAGCCUAGGCGGAUUCAGCACUCACCAAAGAUGAGCGACCCGUUCCUCGUCCCGACACCGGCGCCCCAAGUGCCAGAGAGGUCGCCGCGUCGUCUUUCAGCCAGCGGCGAGGCCCAGCGACCGCAGAUGCUUGAAACCCGGUCCUACCAAGACCAUAGCCGGGCUCUGGGCCAGAUUUCAGGAAACCGCCGCGCGAGUAAUAGCUCGCUCAUCAUGGCGCCUCUCAACGCGGCCCAGGAUGGUCAGCUGUCGAACAGAGACGAGCUCCGCCUUUCCAUCAUGAUGGAGCCAUCUGCUCAGAAGCAGGGCCAGUCGUCGGUUCGCCCCAAGAGCGUCGUCACCAUGAAGCCCAAGUUCUUCGCCACGAGCAACAGCGCCACGAGCAUGAUGGCCAGCCCCUCCACCCCCGAAGAGGACCGCAAGGGCCACCGCCGCCGUCGCUCUGUUGUCAUGCCGCCACCCCUGAACCUGCGCCCUAUCCAGGGUUCGCCCCACGAGCAAGAUGCCGCGGAAGCCGAUGACCUUGAGCUCCCGACUCGCAACCUCCAUACCCGCCGCUCCAUCAUCGCUGCCGGCGGGAUCCCCACCGAGAUUCCCUCCAGCCCUGUAGUCGCCCGCCCCUUGCCGGACCCUACCCUCCUUUCCAAGACCCCCUCUCCCACUCGCCGCCGCUCCCAGUCCACGACGCCGUCGCGCGGCCCCUCCAAUGCCUCUUCAACUUACUCCAACCCUGGCCCUGCCAUGACCCCUACUCUCAUCCUCCGCCCUCAAAACUCCAUCAACCGCGGCUCCCCCACCCACAUUUCUCCCCUCGGCGCCUCGAUCGUGCAGCUUCGACGCAUGAACUCCCAAAUGAGCGCCUACAGCGUCGCCUCGUCCGCUGCCACCGCUGCUGACGACGUGGCCGAUCUCCGCGGUGGGGGUUUCAGCCCAGAGCGCAGCAAUUCACGCGCCGGUCGUGCGGGACGUCAGAACUACCUGUCCAUGGGUACGCCAAGCCCCAAGUCCCGCAACGGCAUCCGCUCGACCCGCAACUCCGUCAAGGGGCGACCGGCAUCUGUCGUUCCCAAGAUGGAUUCCCUCGAGGAGAAGGAAAAUGGCGAAUCGACGGUGCCUGUUCUGACGAGGGGCGGCCUCAAGGGAAGCCUCCGCACGGCAGAGAGCCCGAAGCGCAGGCUGAGCGUCCGCUUUGCCGAAGUUCAGGAGCCGAUUUUUGUGGAUGCGCUCGAGAUGCCGGAAGCCGAUGUUGAAGAGGCCAGCCGCGGACGGGAAAGGACCAGGACGCCGACAAGAAAUCGCGCCAGCGCGGAUAGCCUGGGCUUGUACGACAAGGAUGGCUUCCUGAUGAGCUCGCCCGAGAGGUUUCCAUCGUCAGUGGCCGAGGGGCGACAGGGAGGCGCCCUCAGGAUCUAA